AUGGCAGUUUGCCCACUUGCUGUCCUGCUGUUUUGCGCGCUGGCUCUUCCCAGCCUCCUGGCGACAACACUGACGCCGUCUAGUUUUAAUCUCACUUGCGGUGUGGACAACGUGAAUGUGGCGGCCAGCUACGCUGUAAAAUUCAUCAACCAGCAUCACAAGCACGGCUUCAAGUUCAAGCUGCGGGAGGUCCAGAGCAGCGAAUAUCUACGGUUUUCUGGUGCUUGCCACAUUGACCUCAACUUGAAGUUGGUGCAGACCAAAUGUCACGUCACUAACCCCAAACCUUACCAGGAAUGUGGGCUUUGGCGAAGGGAAGAACGGGGUGUGCUAGCCACCUGCAGUGUGGAAUUUUGGGUCAUCCGGAGCAUGGGCAAAAUCACAAAAUUUGACUGCGACACCAGACCAGAGAUUACCAAUGACGAGAUGCCGCUGAUUUGUCCUUCCUGCCCCACGUUGUUACCGCUGGACAACCGGGUGGGAGUGAGCGCAGUGGAGCAGGCGGUGCUCCGUUUCAAUCAGAUUAGCAAACACGGCCAUUAUUUCAGCCUGAUGGAAGUGGCUCAUCUGACUAGCAGGAAAUUGGUGACCAUCGGCACCAUUUCCUGGCUGAAGUUCGCCCUGGUGGAAACCACGUGUCCCAGAGAGGCUAACACUCUAGAGGACUGCACACCUCUCUGCCCAGACAGAGCUCAUCAUGUCUUUUGCCAAACUGAGUACUACAAUGCUCAUAAUCAAGUAGGAGAACUGGAUUGUAAAAUGUAUCCACCAAAAGAUUCUGCACCGCUGCCAUUGGGUGUGGGGGAACCAGUGUGCGACCUGUUCCAUGACAGUACAGAAGAUUGCAUUUGCAAGGCCAAGCUGAGAAUCGCACAUCCCGCCAUCCACCACAUUUGUCCCUUCCCACUUCAGUAA